AUGGGGGUCCUGGGCUGCGCCAAAAAUGUGGCAAAGGAGCUUAAGCGUAUGGGGAUCGCCAUUGUGGGCUUACAGGAGAUCAGGUGGCCAGGACAAGGUGAGCUCAUCAUGGGUGACUACAAGUACUUCUACUCCGGAGGCACGCAGAAGGUCCAUGGGGUAGGUUUUGCAGUACAUCGGAGCCUUUUGCCCGCCAUGUUUGGUUUCCAACCACGAGGUAAAAGGAUAGCUGCCCUGCGUAUGCGCACGGAGACCCAUACCAUCUCUUUCGUCACCUGCCACGCCCCCUGCCAGUCGGAGAAGGGGCUGGAGGAAAAAGGUCAGUUCUAUGAGUCACUUCUCAGGUUAGUACACAAUGAACUCCCCAGCGGCAGCGUCAAGAUAAUCCUAGGAGACAUGAACGCCCAGUUGGGCCCCCCAGCCACACCCCUGGACAAGUCGAGGGGCUACUACACGUACCACAAGAAGGAUAACAGCAACGGGGCGCGACUGGUCUCCUUCGCCAACGCGGCUAGCAUGACAGUGGUGAGCACGACGUCGUCGCGGCCCAGGAGCGAGCGCUACACCUGGACCUCAAACAACUGCAAGGAUGUCUCCCAGAUAGACCAUAUCCUGAUAGACACCCUACGCAGGAACUGGGUAACAGGUGUGCGCACGGACUGGACCGCGUGUAACUACUCUGACCACGCCGCUGUCGUGGCGACGCUCAAGGUGAAAGUGGAGCACUUCAAAAGGGAACGAGAGCACGAUAUGCUAAAGUCACCUAAGAAGCUGCGGCUGGAGCGCCUGAACAACCCUGAAGUGAAGGAAGAAUUUCAAAAGUCGGUGACGCGGCUACUGCAGGAGGGCAGCACGGAGGCGAAAGAGCAACCCGAAGGCCCGGCCAGUGACACCACCCUGCCGGACAAGCCACCACGGGAGACUAUACACGCCAUGUGGGAGUGGAUGGCGUCAGCCCUGUUGGUCAGCGGUAAGUCCACACUAGGAGAAGCCAAGCAGACGAAGGGUAAGCACUGGUACGACGAGGAGUGUGACGAAGUCACCGAGCAGAGGAACGCGAUCUGGAGGUGGCACAGGGAGGAGGUGCACAACGAGGAUAUCAGAGAAGGCUACGAGGAGAUGGAACGGAUGAGGAAGAAGACGCUGCGACGGGUACGGCGACGCUACCUCAAACAAAUAUGCGAAGACCUCGAGCUCGACCACUCGCUACAGAAUGUACGUGGUUUCUUCGCAAAGGAAAUGUAA